AUGGAUGACGACUACAACGUUUUGUCCACCGGAUUUGAUGAAGACGAUGGAGCACUGCAUUACCCGGAUGAUGAAGGAGAACAAUUAGCAGUCGUGUCAAAUACCGAAAAUCAAAUAGGUCAAGAAGUUAGAAAUGCUCUUGAAGAAGUUGGAUACGGAACCCGUAAGAGACGUCUGAAUGAUGUUGAAGAUGUAUUCGAUAAAUACGGAAGACGGUCACAUCCAAUGGAUUGGUUCGAAAGAUCAGAGACAGUUUCAAUUAAUGUAUUGCAAAAUUCUCAAAGAAAUGCGGCAAAGCGAAGAGCCCUUGAGGUUUUAGAACAGCAGAUCAACGAAACAGUUGUUGAAGCAGCUAAGGUCAAUGUCCGGGAUGAUGAUGAAGGCGAGCGAGAUGGAGAACAAACUAUUUCUUCUCUCUGUGAACGGGAACUGCAAAGAAGAUAUCAACGAAAAAAGGAAAUCAUGAAAAAUCCUCCAGUUGAUGGAUCAAACUGGAUUGGACUUUGGGAUGUGAUCGAUGGAAAACGUUUCUACAUUCGAACUUUCCGGGAAAACCAAACAGCUACGUCAUUGGUUGAAAGUAUCACUCAGCAAGCCACUCGAUCGAGGGUUGGAUAUCGUGCAUUUCAAACGAUUUGCCAGGAAGCUGAAAACAUUCGAAAAACGAAAGAAGCAAAUAGGAUUAACGAACAAGAAUCCGAGUUCUCUCAAAUGAUGAAUGAAUCGCUGCCGGUCCAUUCAGAGUCUUCCUUAUGGGUUAACAAAUAUGAGGCAAAAAAUUUUGCUGAUUUGCUGUCAGACAGUACGGUUAACCGGAACAUUCUGACCUGGCUAAAAAUGUGGGAUGAGUGUGUCUUCCAACGGAAAGUCGACAAUCUGCUAGCCAGUCUCGGAGAACGAGAGAAAGACGUUCUUCAAAUGGAUAACGGAAAAAUUCGCCGACCCUCUAUGAAAAUGUUGCUCCUUUCGGGUCCUGCAGGUCUCGGCAAAAGUACAUUGGCUCGUAUUGUGGCUAGCCAAGCUGGAUAUGCUACUAUUGAUGUCAACGCAAGCGAUGCUAGAACAGUUGCGGAUCUUAACAAAGUACUAGAAGGAGCCGUGAAAACGUCUCGUACGCUGGACGGUGAUCAGCGCCCAGCUUGUCUUAUUCUGGAUGAAAUCGAUGGAACUCCAAUUGACACAAUUCGUCAUUUAAUUCGAUGCCUUCAAGCUACCGGAAAGAAAGCGGUUCGACGACCAAUUAUCGGAAUUUGCAAUAACUUAUACACGCCAGCCCUUCGAGAUCUGCGCGGAGUUGCAUGGUGUGUUCAGCUGAGUGCCACCAAGCAAGAUGCACUUGCCAAACGUCUUGAACAGAUUUGCGACAUGGAAAACCUCCGUUGUGAUUUGAGCACACUGAGAAAGUUAUGUGAUUUGUGUGCAAACGAUAUGAGACAUUCCAUCAACACACUACAAUGGGCCGCUGUUGCUUCAAACAAAACGAAACGAUCCAUCACUAUGAAGCUGAUUCACGAGGUUGUUGAAAAAGAGAAAGGCGGUGCCGCCUCAAUCUUUGAGCACUGGUCUUCCAUUCUGGAGCUCUCAAAGCAUGUAGAUGCGAAAGGGGGCAUCAAAAAUACACGGGAACGUGUUUUUGUCAUUGAACGGAUCGCAGCCGAGCAUGGAGGAGAAGAACGAUUUGUGUCUGGUUUACAUGCAAAUUAUAUGGUCUCACUUCCGAUAGGAGUCAUUCGCAAAGCUUCCAGUUGGUUCUUGUUCUACGAUGAUAUGCAGAAGAUUAUUCACAGCCUCCAAAACUGGUCCGUUCAAAAAUAUGCGUCUUCCUUUUUCGUUUCUCUUCAUCUGAGCCUCGCAACACAUGCUCGUGUUUCGAUUGCAUAUCCUCAGUUAGAACAGACAAUAUAUCAAAAGUCAAAAGAAUCGGAAGAGACUAUAAGUGAUGUUCGCUCUUGUGGACAUUUUGGACGUCAAACACAGAGGAAUGAGUUGGUAUUGGAUAUACUUCCAUAUAUUGUCAAAAUUGCUCAGCCACCCAUCAAACCGAUGAAUGAGUCACUGUAUAACCAGCGGGAGCUAUCUAUUUUCAAUCAAACGGUUUCUGUCAUGUGUGAUUACGGAUUAACAUAUACGGCCACUAUGAUCAAGGAUCAAAUCAACUGGCUCUUCACUCCUGCUAUUGAUGUUCUCACAAUGUUUCCAUUGGAAGAACCAAAACGGCCCUACCUCGCCAACGCCACAAGGCAGUUGAUUGCUCAUAAGAUUACACUGACACGUGUUCGACUAGCUGAUCACACUCCACAGCAGCAGUCCGAACGAAUCACGACUAAUACGGACAAAAUCAAGGAGAUUAUCGACACAGAAAAUCAGAAGAAGAAAAAGCGUCUUUCAGCUGGAGCCAUGAAGCGUAAAGAACAAGGAAAACAUUCCGAUGUCAUUUUCACACAUCAGGAUGGAGACAGUAAUGCUGUGAAGAAGAAGGUCACGAUUCAACAGCUGAAUUCGAUAAUUUUUGGAGAAUCGUAA